AUGGAGUUCCGUCCCCCGGUUGGACUACUCAUCCCUGGACGUGGGUUAGUGUUCGGAAAUCCUGCGUACCAGCCAAACAAUCCCCCAGUUGGAUUAUUUUCCCCGAUCAACUUAGAGAAGAGUGUAGAGUCUUCAGCAGAGGAGAAGGCGAGGACCUUCGGAGUUGGGAGAACCUACAGAAGACAAGGAGGAAGAAGCAGUCGUCAAGCUUCGGACAUCGAUGUGGUGCUUGUCGAAGGCUCUCCGAUGCUUAAGUAA